AUGGGGUUCUUGAGUGACAUCUUGAAUCUUUUGAACAAGAGCUCAAUAAAUGUUUUGCGUUUGAUGAAAUUGGACACGUAUUGGGGACGAUUGCAACCUCAAGACAGCACAGAGACAGAUUUCGAACGCUUGCUUCCAUUAAUUGGAAAUGGAAUUAUAGAAAAGCUGGAGAAUGGUAUUCAGUUUUUAGAUGUUGGCUGUGGACAAGGGUUUCAUAGUCGUAUGUUUGCCAAAAAGUACCCUAAAUCGAAAUUUAUUGGAUUGGAUAUUAGUGAGCAUGCAAUUGAAAGUGCCAAAAAAACCAAUGAAGAAAACGGAUCGAAAUUCGAAAAUCUCGAAUUUAUUGUGUGCGAUGCCAGCAAAAUGCCUGAUUCUUGGACAAAUCAAUAUGAUGUUGUGUUCAUAUUUGAUGCAUGCCAUGAUCAAAUGAGACCAGAUUUGUGUAUUCAAGAGAUCCAUCGAGUACUUAAACCGGAAGGAAUUUUCGCUUUAAUAGAAAUUGAAGGAACUAGCAAUGCUUAUCAAGAUAAGAGCAAGUACGGGCAACGCGCCACUUAUGCUUACGGAGUUUCGAUGUUCCAUUGCCUUCCAGUUGGCAGCAAUUGCAAAGAUGCUCUUUGUUAUGGUACAAUGUGGGGAGAGAAGCGAGCAACGGAUCUAUUGAAGAAAUGCGGAUUCGCAAAUCCGCAAGUUUUUCCGACACCAUUCUUCCCUUCGAAUGUUUUAUAUUUAGCAAUCAAAAAUUAG